CCGUGCCCUGCAUCCACCCUGGCGACGGUGACUGAAGUCGCUCUUCUCUUACCUUUUCAAUCCACGACGACGGACCCGCGGUCGGCAAGAGGCAGGGAUACGGAGCUGCCCUCUCUCUCUCUUGCAUUUUCCCACGACGCACCUUCGCUUCGCAGCUAGCAGAAAGGGGAGGAGAGUGCCCAUGACGACAACCGUGUCGGGUCGCCUUCCAUCGCUUGAUUGAACCCAGUUAAAUAAAAGGCUCGCAGCUGCCACUUUCUCUGGCGGCGGCGGCAGCAGCAGCAGCAGCGGAGGCGGCGGCAACGGCGGCGUCGGAGAUACAGGAGAGCAAGGCGGCGGAGGCGUCGCGGUUGGUACCACUUUCACCACCGCCGCCGCCUCGUACCUACCCUUUUUGGAACAGCGACGCUGCACAAGGCGACGAACGUCGUCGACGACGCCAACGACGCCAACAAGCAGGCUCGGGCGCCGCCUCGGUAUUAUACAAUGAAUGGCGCGAGACAGCAGCAGAGCGCUGCCUAUGGCAACGGCGUCAGGGCAGCAGGAGCGGGCAGCGGAAACGGGGUGUAUGCCUACGGCCAGGGCAAUGGGUCUCUGAGUAACGGCACCCAUGGCAUGGGCGUGGGCGUCGAGGGUACCUCGAGCAACUCAAUGUCGAGUGGCACGGUGCCACAUCGCAAAACCCCCUCGUCCAGCUCCAAUCCAGCGGUGACGGGGUCAGGGCCAGGGCUUGGAGCAGCUACAGGCGGAAAGGUCAGACGCCCGAGACCAGACACAGAGGAAAUUAAGAGGGUCGGGCGCAUUCAUUAUCAGGAACUCCUCGGCUUCCUACGGAGCCACUUGGCAAGAGGGCAAAUGGGGCCUCGGUCGAAUGCCCGAGAGAAGCUGACCAGGCUGAGCAAGCAGCAGUUCACCGAACUGUCGACGGAUGUUUACGACGAGCUCAUGCGCAGGGUCGACAACGCUCGCAAGGGAGACGAGAUGCCCCACCUUGCCGUCCGCGAGGAGUUCCAUCCGAAGCGGAACCAGGCCCGGCAGAAGCUGGCGACGCUGCCCAAGACCCGCUUCAAGGAUCUGGCCUCAGAUGUCUUUUUCGAGCUCGAGAGACGCUUCCCCGAACUCAGAGAAGAGUUUCGACCCGAGGCGGUCGAGCAGGGGACCGCCUCGAGAGAGAAGCCCAGGGAAGUCAUUGCUGCACAGCCAAGCACGGCCGACGUCGUUGUGCCCAACAAGUCGAAGCUCGUCGAAGAGGACGUGACGGUCCCCUAUGCCAAGACGCUGAAUCGCACCAAGGACGGCGACAACGAGGAGCCUCCGCCGGGCUACGACCGCGACAAGGGCGAAAGCGAUCGAGUCAGCAUACGCGACUCGAUUGUGACGGCAGACAAUGACACUGAUGCGUUCAAUCGCAACACCGUUUACAGCCAGGCCAGCUCCGUUGGCACGGGCUUCUUCAACGGAUAUGCAGGUAGCAAGGCCACUGAAAGCAUCGUAGCAAGCCCACACCUGGGGAGAAGUAGCGACAACGAGGCAAGUGGCUUGUCGACGGCAUUUGGGAUCGAGAAGAUGCGAUCAGAUUACGAGUUCCGCAUCGCCACGCUGCAGCAGCGUGUCACCGCCCUCGAGGCAGAGGCCAAGCAGGGCGGCUCGAGCAAGGAGGCCAACAUACUGAGGGGCGAGCUUGACGGGGCAAAGGAGCUGCACAACGAACAGCUGAAGUCGCUUCAAAAGGAGAUCAUUGAGCACCGCAACCGACACGACGCAAAGCACAGCGAACUCCAGGAGACACUCCGGAAGCUCGACGACCUCCACGACGAACAUGCUGCGCUUCAGCAGGAGAGAGAAGAGCGAGGCGGCGUCAAGGGUGGCGAAGAUGGCGAAGCUGUUCGCCAAGAGCUGGACUCGCUGCAGAAGGAGCACAGCAGGCAGGAGGAGCUCGUCACUGAGCUCCGGGGCGAGGUAUCGUCGCUUCUCGAAGAGCUCAGGCAGCUGUCGUCACGCAACGAUGAAAUGCUGGCGGACAAGGACUCGGAUCAGGCUGUCAUUCGGGACCUGGAGAACCAGGUGUCGUCGUACAAGCGCAAGUACGAGACGGCAAAGACGGAGCUCAGGAACAUGAAGGCUACCUCGCAGCUCUACGUGCAGCCGCCGAAGGCCGACGACUUCAUGCCCGCUUCGGACAGUGGUGCCAUCGUCGAUGUCAAUCUCACGGCAUUCCAGAGCUCCAUCGAUGAGCUUCUGGCGGCUGCUCGUUCCAAGACGCCGUCCAAUGUUCUUUUAGCCAUGAAGACAGUCGUCUUGGCGACGACGCUGGUCACCGACGAUGUGGCCAAAUAUGAGUCGAGGUCCAGCACCGACUCUGGGCCCAGUGAGGAGAAGGAGCAGCUGACUGCGCUGCGGGUGAGGGCGUCGAACACGCUCAACAACCUCAUGACAGCCUGUCGCAACCACGCAUCCUCCCAUGGUCUUUCGCCCGUCAGCUUGCUGGAUGCUGCCGCCAGCCACGUUGCUACCACCAUUGUCGACAUCGUCAAGCUCCUCAAGGUGCGCAAGGCCACCAAGGCUGAAGCCGAGGAGUUCGAGGCCACCUUCACUCAGAAUGGCACACUGCCUAAUGGCCUCAAGCCUCUGCACACCAAUGCACUGGCUUCUUCGUCAGCCGCCAAGGACCCACCGUUCUCGCCCGGCUACGACCGGAACAAGGCUCCGUCAGAGAACCGCCUGAACCCUUCGUCGUCGACCAAGGGGGAAGGUCGCUUCUCGCCUCGUAGCCGCCAUGGACCUUCUAUGGGUCGCUAUUCACCCGUCAGUUAUCGCCCGGAUCUCUCACGAAACAAUUCGCAGGGUGAAGGAUCGUGGAAGGACAGCCGGACACGGACGCUGUCAACGUCAUCGGCCAGCAGCGCGGCGGCCGCCAACGCUGCUGGCAGCAGUGUCCCGGCGACUCCGGCGAUGCCGAUGCCGCUGAAUGCGUCUGUGCUUCGCAGCAAGAGUGCUUCCAGCUCACGGCAGCAGAGCGAGAUGGGCGACGAGCAGCAGCCUCCUCCGCAGGCGCAACAGGAGCGGCGAGACGAUGCCAAGGGCGGCCAGGCGCAGACGAACGGAUUCACCAUCAGUGAAUCUCCCUCCUGGGGCUCCAACCUGAGCGAGCAACAAGCCAAGGGCUCCAUUGGCACCUCGUCACCCGACAUGCAACCGCCUCUGCCGGCUGCGCUGCAGACGUCUGGCGAUAGCUCCGUCGAAGAGAAUUGGGCGGAACUUCGAAACUAUAUCAAGGUCCAAACAGAAGCCAUCGUACACUCGAUUCAGGCGCUUCUCUCUUCCAUUCGCGAGGGGGCCCAAUCGCACCAGCUCACCGAGAACCUGACGCAGAUCACGACGAUUGUCAGCUCCAUCGUGGCCAUCUCUGGUGACAAUCUGCCCAAUGACGAGCAGUCGAGACUCGAGGGCCCCAAGAUCCUCAAGGAUCUGGCCGAUAAUUGCGAGCGGCUGAGCGAGAUGCAGACGAAGCAGGAGUUCGACAAGGCCACGAAGAGCGCAAUGGCUGCGGCUAGCUUUGGCGUCGCAAAGGGUCUCAAGGCCCUCACCGUCCUCUUCGAGGCGGCCGACGACGCAGAUGACUUGACUUAACUUCACUUCCUUCCUUCCCCUCUCCUCCCCCUCUUCCUUUCUCCAGACACCCCCCUUCUUUACCUCCUUCUCCACUCCCACUGGUCCUUCACGCAUUCUCCCUGGAUCUUUUCUCCGCUGCUUGGCUUUUCACUUUGCUACCUUUGCCCCAUUCCUAGCAUCUCAUUUACUAUCACGGAACUCUGGGACGUUUGGUUUCUCUCUUUCUCUUCCUCCUUUCCCCUCACUCUCCCCCCCUCUCUCUCUCUCUCUCGUCCGCGCGCCCUCGCAAAUGUGUCAACAUAAUCCAAUAUAAAGUAAUGCCCUUC